AUGGUUGCAACUUGCUCCGGGACGAAAACGGCUCCGUUGCAAGAAUGUCGUUUGCGCUGCUUGGCUUGUUUGAAUGCAAGGCUUGAGCACAUUGCCUCUUAUCAGAAAGUCAUCAAGCAGAAUGUAUUGCUGAUCAUUGCCAUGCACUGGUUUUUGCCGCCGCGACUAAACGGCACUUUGGAGCAAUGGCGUCGCGUCUUCCUGCUACAACGGAAACGACAAUGUGGAGCAAUGCCGUUCGCGCCUUCCUACUUCAACGGAAACGACAAUGUUGAGCACUGCCGUGUAGAGCUUGACAGACUGCCCAGCUUCACAAGCAUCGUGAUCCUGGAGAAUGAGGUGCAGAUCUUCAAGCUCCAAGCAGUGACAUCGGCUACCACUUUGUUCACAGCAGUGUUCGAGUUGGCCGUUUUGCUUGGAAGAUUCAGCUGGAGCAGCACCAGUCGCCAGAAUCUUUUCAGCCUUCUGCUUCGGUGCUUUCUUUGGCGCAGCAGCAGAAGCUCCUUCAACUUUGGGCAAGCUACCAGGCGUGCCCAGAGGCCGAUGGAAGCUGAAGUGAGGAAGCGGAUCGCUUUGGCAAAGUUUCGCUUCUUGUGGAGCGAUCUGCACUUGGUCAUGGCUUGCAGAGCAAAGAGAGACAUCUUCAGGAUAUUACCAUCCUCCACCGCUUUGCUGAUGUGCAGCAAUCGGUGCUUUCAAGUGCUUGAGUCCGGCUGUACCUUCUGGCUACAGCUUGAAGUACCUGGCAAGGUGACCUGGCCCUUCCGAUUGUCAGCAGAUAGGGGCAUGUCAGCUGGAAGUCGCUUCACCACGAAGGAAUUGGGACCACUUUGCCAAAGUCCUGCGUGUGGCCAGGGGAUCUUGUGGCGAGCCCGCUACUGGCACCACCGCUUCGAGGUGAAGAGUUUAGAACUCCCCACUGAGACAAAUGGCUGGUGCGAAUAG